AUGGAGCGAGCUCUGGAAGUGAUACUCUCAAAGCACCUGCGAGAAGAUGUCGAAAAAUGUCAUGUCCUUGACAGAAAGUUUCCUGAUGUCUCUUGUGUUGACCACUCGAAUGAUCAAUCGCCCAAUUGUGGAACUUUACUUUGUAUGGAAGGUAAUGGAGGCUUGGUCUCAAAGAUUUGCUGUGGCAACAAAUUUCUCAUCGAUGGUCCUGGAGACUCGCCUUUGUGGGCUAAUUUCAAGAGCCAGUCAGGGAGCACGCUCAUGCACACUGGUAUGGCAGACUCGGGAAUUAAGAGCAAUUAUGUCCAAAAGUCUGAGUGCGCUCGACUUGAAAAUGCAAAGUACCUUUCGGACUUGAUCAUGUUGCAUCUUCUUGCAGAAGAAUCUAGUCUCAAAGCUGAAAUCGAUUUUCUCAGCUCAGGUAUGGAAGCUGAGUCGAAUGAGCUCGAUGAAGCAGUCAUCCAGGAGGGCGUUGAACAACUCCACAUUCAAUGCGAAUGUCUGAGGAGGGCGUGUUUAGAAUCUAUAAGAGAACUUUCAUGUAAUGACACACUGGAGACAAGUCGAUUGAUGGUUGAUUACCGAAUGGCUCAUCAGACGGCUCAAUUUGAUGCGCAGGAUCGCCAACUUAUGGCGGUCAAGUUAAACUGCUCGCAGUUGGAAAUUUUCCGUGAUAUUAUGGCUUUGGAAGAUAGUGCCCUUGCUGAGCAGGCUCAAUGCCUUGACAAAAUUCACACCGCACUUCAAAAGUAUUUGGACAUAACAGAUGAUAUAAAAGUGCGGUUUAAUUUGGGAAAUGAAUUGGAAGCUAAGGAGAAUGUUUGUACUGCUUCCUCUAUUUGCAGUGCAAUCGAUUCGGAACUGAGAAGGGUUCUGUCCAGCCUAUUUGGAAACUUUGUCGGAAAAUUGGACGGUCCAGAUGAUGAGUUGAACGCAAGUUUACUAAACUACCUGGACGAACGAACUUCAGCCUUGGAUAGCAAAAGUGCUUCUUCUCUAUUCUCGUUGAAAGAGUAUACCCGUGUCACUCAUGAGGUGUUCGAUUUGCUGUGCAAGGCGCUCCAUCAGCUUGGGUGUCAUGGGAAUAACGAAAAACAGUCCAGUAAGGUUGCAAUGCAGACCUCGUCUUCCGUCUACUGGAAUGAGUUGUCCCCCUUUACUGGAGUUUAUCCUCAGUGCCUGAUUGAUCGACUUCUCCAGGCGCGGAAAACCCUUGAUGCCACCACCGCUGCCCUGCAGAAUCUUGAGAUAUCCUACGAACUUUACUCGGGGAGUUCACCAACUUAG